AAAUAAAUAAAUAAAUAAAAAUACACGUCGGCACAACGCGUACCACUUCGGUGCUGCUCACAGUCUUGAGUCGGUGAAAUGAAUUUAUCUCUUAAAUAGCCGAGCAACGGAUUAACAUAAUUUAUUUUCAACUAUGGUUGCGACCGACUUUGCCAUGGCGCCAUAACGAGCAAGAACAUAAACAUAAGAAAACAAAGAAGUGAAAGAUGAGUUUCCUGCACAGAGUCGGUCAUGACUUUGUCUUCUCGGGACGGAGAGCCAAACUGCUCCCGUUAUGCUGGUGGAAGAGGCGCCUGGAUCUUUUUGUCUCCCCAGUGACUGGCUCUUUCUGCAAAACUUUCAGCUCUGCUCCUUCACAACCAGACCCAAUAGAAAUCCACAAGAAGAAGCUUUUACUGUGGUUCAGCCAUAUUCCUUUGGAAGAGAAACAGUUUGGCAACCAUUUUAACCCAGAUGCCACUUAUGUGAAUCCCCUUAUCCUCCAAAGAAAGUACGAGGAAAGAGCAGGACUGCUCAGCUCGCCUUUCAAAACCGAGACCCCUUCCAACCCUCCCGUGACUGUGGAGCAGCUUUUCGAACCUGUCGGCACCCGGAAGGAAGGCCAAGGGCUGAACGUGCUCCUGUACGGGGCCGUGGGAACCGGGAAGAGCACGGUUGUCCGGAAGCUGGUGAUGAACUGGUGCACUGGAACGGCGCUGACGCACUUCAAGCUUCUGCUGCCUUUUUCUUGUGAAGACCUCUGCCAACUGUCAAAGGUGGCUUCUCUACGAGAUCUGGUGAGCAGGAAAUAUUUCCAUCUGAGCAAACAUCCACUACUUAGUGGUGACGGAGAUCAGGCCAAACAAGUCCUGUUCUUGUUCAACGGCAUGGAAAGGAUGCAGCUAGACUUCCGGAUUGGGUCUACCGAGCUUUGCAGUGAUCCGAACGAGACCAUGCCCCCUGCCGUUAUUGUCGUGAAUCUGCUGAGGAAGUAUCUGUUGCCUGAGGCCAGUAUACUGGUCACCACGAGGCUGUCGGCCGUCGAUCGCAUCCCUCAGAAGUACGUGAGCUGUUACGCCCAGAUCUGCGGCUUCAAUAACCCGGAGCUCCACCGCGCGUACUUCACCAAUCGCCUGGCCGGUCAAACCGAGGAGGCGGCGCACAACCAGGAGGCCCAGACGCUGCUGGAGAUGCUGUUCUUCAACCUCCAGAGGGAGAGCCAGCUGGCCGCCGCCUGCUACCUGCCCUCGUACUGUUGGCUCACGUGCGCCACCCUGCACUUCCUGCACUUCACCGACGUCCAGGCGCCCCCCCGCACGCUGACCGGCAUAUACACCAGCUUCCUCAGGCUCAACUUUGGGGGCGAGGUUCUAGGCGCGGGUACGGGGGCCAGCCCGUCGGUCCAGGAGCAGAAAAAUCCGCUAAUGCUGUACGUCGUCCGCACCGUCGGUAAGCUCGCGUACGAGGGCGUGACCCACAAACGCACGUCUUUCUCAGAACGGGAGCUGGAGCAGUGGAUAGGAGGGGCGACGAAGACCGACGAGGAACUGCGUCAGCUGGCCAUAUUCCAGACCGACGUGCUGGAUUUCUUCUUUACUCCUCGCGUGGAAAGUAGACGGUAUCCUUCAACACUAAGCGAGAAUGAUGAGAGGCAGUAUGUAUUUGCGGAUCCAGUCAUGCAGGAGUAUUUAGCAGCCCUGUAUGUAGUCCUGGGAGAGAACAGAUCCACCCUGGGGCAGCUCACCAGACAGGUUUCCACAGCCAUCGGUCAGGCAAGUGAGGACAUCAGCACCGUUGUUAAUAUCGUGUCGAAGUUCAUCCCACUCAGGCUCUUAGCCGUGUUUAACCUGCUCAAGCUUUUCCCAAAGCUGUAUGCAACAAUAAGCAGCCACAACAGAGGCAGGAUAGCUAGAACCAUGGCAUCCGAGAUGUUCCGCACCGAGGACAGCCAGAACGAGGACGUCCUGGAUCAAGUGGAGCAGGACAUUCUGGGCGUCCAGGGCCCCCAGCUCAAUGAAGCCAAGACCUUUGAGCUCUAUCCCAUUUUCAAGGGUGGAUUGUUGCAUUACGGCAACCGUGUCCUCCUCCAGCAGCUUGGCUGCAGCAUUCAAAGCAAUACUGUGGCCCAGAUCACACGGGGCCUGAGGAAGAACCUCGUCAAAGAGAUCAGCAAGCCUCUGCCACCAGAAGAACUGAUGGAUCUGCUGGUCCUUCUGUACGAGUUUCAGAACCCCAGACUGACCGCAGAGGUUCUGGCCUCAUUCACAAGCAUCCGCCUAAACGACAUUCGCAUGACGUCACUCAAGUGCUACAUACUGAGUUCGGUGCUUUCGUGCACUAAUGCAAGUUAUCAUCUUGAUGUACUGGACCUGUCCUCCUGUCUUCUAAACGAAAAGAUGCUCAGAAUUUUGAGGCCUGCCUUCAGACACACAAGCAACCUCAACCUGCAGUUUAACAGCCUUGGCCCCGAUUCCUGUAUCCUGUUGAAAGACCUGCUGAUAGAACCCAAUUGUUGUAUUAAUUCUUUACAGCUUUGCGGCAACCCACUGCAGGACUCUGGAUGCUGCAGCCUGUUGGAGGCUCUGCCAGAGAACCAGUCCUUAACACACCUCUCCCUGAUGCACACCGGACUGGGAGACCUCGGGGCCUUGAAGCUGGCGGAGAGCCUCCAUCAGCAAACGGGGCUCCAGGAGAUUAACGUGGCUUAUAACAACAUCGGGGACAGUGCGGCUCUGGCUUUAGUGCACGCCUGCAGAGAGCAUCCUACUAUUCACACUGUGCACUUGUAUCUGAAUCCUUUCAGUGAUUUCGGGAAGCUGUCCUUGCACGGCCAGAGCUCUCCCAGAAGCCACAGCAGCAAAGGCAGAGUGAAGGUCCUGGCCUCUGUCACCGAAGGCUCCAACAUCUCCGAGGAUUGGCACCCCGUCCUGAAUGUGAUAAGAGAGAACGCCUCGUCCUGGAACCGCGAACGAGUCAAGCAGCAGCUCGAGAUUUUUCUCCAGGAUCUGGAAUGGGGGCGUCAACAGCAGCAAAGCCUCUGGAAGAGGUUGCACUUCCGUCGGGUGGAGAAAGGAGUCCAACAGACUUUAAAGAUGUUGGAGAAGGACAAUCCACCUCCAUCCUAAGCAUUUACCAAGGAAACCCUAAAACACCUAAAGCUGUAGAGAAAUCCAUUUCUUCAGCACCGUCAUGGUUUGAAUUAAACAGCAUUCACACAUUUUAGACUAGAGAUAAACCUCAGUGGCCAAAGUGGCAGUUCUGGAAUAGUACAAUUAGUUUUUUCCCCACACAAUUUCAGCAUUAAUAUCAAACAGCAAAAACUAAAUUAACAUAUUUAAACUAUAGGUUGUACUGGGUCAAUGUUUUUUAAAUCCAAAAAUUCCAUUAAUGGAAAUUUCAUUCGUACAUUAGUGGGAAAAAGGGAAAGGAAACUGUACUGUAAAAGACAUGUCGAGUGAAUAAGUGUUCCACCAGUUGGGCGUAGAAUCUGAGAUAAGUGCAGACUUCAGCCUCUGCCCCUGUGCCAAUUAGUGUUGGAUGUUUUUUUAAAAUGUAAAUAUGAACUAUAAGCAAAGGGUCUAUCUUUUAAAAGGAAUGUGUUUAGAUUUCUAAAGUGUUCAUAAGUGUGAUGUACAAACAACUGGGCCCCAGCAGACAAAUACCUGCUAUCUAAGAUUAGAAUCGUACUAAGAGUAUUUCAUUCACUGUCAACGUAGGCCCUCGCCUCAUUUUUAAGUAUAUUUUUUAUGAAUGUUGUGCAUUAUGAUCACUGUCUGUGCAUAAAAGUCUAUUAUUUUGAAGGAGUGUGAAGUGAGUGACACAAUCACCCCUGCAACGCAUACAAGACAAUUCAAAGUGCUUUUCAUAAAAGAUUAAGAAAGAGAAAUGGAUAUGAAAGUAAGAGUUAAAAAGCAGAAAUUUAGA